CGAACCGAACCGAACCGAACCGAGCGGUGCCGAGCUGGGCUGGACUGCAAGGUGCCGAGCGGCUCCCAGCCGAGCCGCAAGGCUCUGCUUUCUCCCCGGAGGCCAAGCUGAGAGCCACCUGGGAUGAAGGUCCUCCUCCUGCUCCUUCUCUCCCCUCUCCAAGGGGUGGGAGGCAGCAGCCAGCGCCGAGAGGACUUUCGGUUCUGCGGCGACCGGAACCAGACCCAGGAGAGCUUCGUGGUCUACGAGCAUGGCCCUGCCACCAUCUCCAUCCAGAACACAGCCCAGGCCCUCAUCAUCAAGAGGCCCUUUGUGCCCAGCAGGAGGAACUCUUCCUACAAGUACCUCCUGCCCCCUGCCCUGGGCAGGUACCGCUUCUGCCUCUACUGGUUCCAGGCCAACCGGACCCUGCGGCUGGCGUACGGGAAGCAGAGCUUCCUCCUGGGUGUGGACCUCCCCAGCAGCAUCCCCCAAGGGAAGGAGAGGCAGGGGGCUGAGAGGACCAGCACCUCCAUCUUCAACGUGUCCUACAUCUCCAAGGGUGGGAAGAACACCUCCCUGGACAGUGCAGCUGAAUACUUCUUCCCUGCCUCUCCAGAGAGCCUGCCUGUGUGGGAGGAGGAGGUGGAGCAGCAGCUGAGCACCUUGGACACCCUCCUUGCCCGGCCCCCCCUGCCAGCCACGGCAGCCACGGAGCAGCAGCUGCUUCGGCGCAAACUGGAGGAGCUGGAGGAGGCCCUGGCCAAGGUGGAGCUGGAAGGGCAGGAGCAGACCUUCGGGAAGGCCACGGUGCACGCCACCGUCCUGCGGGUGCAGCCCUCCGGGGCUCCCCGGCCCCUGGCGUUCGCCUCCCCCCGAGAGGCAGGGGCAGAGGUGCACGGCUUCGCGGUGGACCUGCCCGGCAGCCUCUUCGUGGUGCUGAAGGAGAGGGAGGAGGUGGAGCACAGGGUGCUGCUGGUGGACAUCAACAGCCAGACCAUGUUCCAGGAUGCCAACAGCAGCCAGGUGCUGGGGGACAGGGUGGUUGGCAUCUCCCUGGUGGACAGGGUCGUGACCAACCUCUCCGAGCCGCUGCUCCUCACUUUCUUCCACGAGCAGCUGCCGAGGAACGUGACCCCGCUCUGCGUCUUCUGGCAGGAGGGCGCCGCGGGCAGCUCUGGCAGCUGGGACAGCUAUGGUUGCACCACCAGGGUGAGGAGCAGCCAGACAGAGUGCAGCUGCAACCAUCUCACCUACUUUGCUGUGCUGAUGGUGUCCUCCCCAGAGAUCACCUCCAUCCACAGGGAUUACCUGAGCAUCAUCAGCUACAUUGGCUGCCUGAUCUCAGCUUUGGCCUCCAUCUGCACCAUCCUCUUCCUCUACUUCAGGAGCAAGCAGCGGGACCAGGUCACCAGCAUGCACAUCCACAUCAACCUGCUGGGGGCCAUCUUCCUCCUGGACGUCUCCUUCCUCCUCUCUGAGCACUUGGCCUCGGGCAGUGAGGCCACCUGCAGGGCUGGGGGGCUGCUGCUGCACUUCUCCCUGCUCAGCUGCCUCACCUGGAUGGGCAUUGAGGGCUACAACCUCUACAGGCUCGUGGUGGAGGUCUUCAACGCCUACCACGACCACCUCCUCCUCAAGCUCUGCCUGGUGGGCUGGGGGCUGCCCUUCCUCUGCGUGGCACUGAUCUUCCUGAGCAGCUGGGCACACUAUGGCCCCUUCUCCAUUCCCAUCCACCAGCCCUCGGGUGCCAAGGCCACCACUGCCACCAUCUGCUGGCUCACCAGCCCCCUGCUGCACAAGGUGGUCAACCUGGGCCUCUUCAGCCUGGUGCUGCUCUUCAACUCGGCCAUGCUGGGGGCCAUGCUGCGGGAGCUGCUGCGCCAGAGCCAGAGGGGCCACAAGCUCCAGCACCUCCUGGCCCUGCUGGGGCUCAGCACCCUGCUGGGCAUCCCCUGGGCCUUGAUCUUCUUCUCCUUCGCCGCCGGCGCCUUCCGCAUCGCCUCCCUCUACGCCUUCACCAUCAUCAACUCCCUGCAGGGCUUCCUCAUCUUCCUCUGGUACUGGACCAUGGUGCUGCAGGCCAGGAGGUGCCCUGACUCCCAGAGCAGCUCCGACAGUGCCAAGCUGCAGCCCCACAGCAGCCAGAGCUGAGC